AGCGGCCCGCCAGCCAACAGUUCAUUAAUGAUCUAUGCAUUAAUGUUGCUCUCGUUGGUCCUCACAAUGGGGGCAGUAGAUGCCAUCGAUGCCCCACUGCCAUUGUCUCUGGCAGAGAUCCCGCUGCUGUCACUGGAGCAGGGCAAACACCAUUACCAUGAAGCGGGUGUGGAAUCGUUGCCGGGAUUAACGGGAUAUACGCGAAAUUAUUAUGACCCCGCUGACACUGCACCGACCGAUGACUUGGCAACAUAUGGAAAUUAUGCUCACAAGCUCCUGGCCGCACACCACCAUCCGAAUACGGACUCACAUCCACAUCCAGUAUCAUCAUCACCAUAUCCCGCCACCGCCAAUGGCUUUGUGCCCUUCUACUACACCAACCAACUGCACUCGCACUCGUCUUCCCACUCUCAGUUUGCUGGCGAGGAUGAGGAGCCACGACGCGACCCAUCGGCCAAUAUCGAUUUUGUCAUUAAUGCGGCAAAUUAUGAGCCAAAUUCCGCGGGCUACGAGGAGACCUACGAAGGCUAUGCAUAUCGGCCGCGGGUGUCGUUGCCGACGCCUCCCAAUCAUUACCAUUUCGAGCAAAUUUCCAAUUACCGGAACCAGGACCAUCGAACGGAGGAGGAACUGGAUAAUUCCGGUGUCUAUGCGCGCCACAAAGAGCUGCAAACAUUGGCAAACCCGGUUAAGCGGGAACAGCGGGAGGAAUCGUUAUCCACUCACAACCAGCAACUGGCAGGGCGACACGAGCCCCAGGAACAGAGACUGGAAGGGAGGCAGCAGCAGCAACAUAAUCAUCAGCAAUGGCAGCAGCAACAGCAGCAGCAGCAAAAGCAACAGCAACAGCAGCAAAAGCAACAGCCACUGCCCUACCAGCAACAUGUAUUGCAGAAACCUUUAGGAUAUAUCCAAGAUCAACGGCAGCAACAGCGUUUGGGUUUGGCUCAGGAUCAGCAAUUGCUAUACUCCCACACAGACUCUCGGGUGGCCGAUCUUCCCGCCAUAACAACCAGUGUUCGUCACACUCCGGCGAGUAGUAAGGCCGUGGCCGGAUUGCCGCUCUCCAAGCACAUUGAAGUGACCAAGAAUGUACCAGUCACUCACUACCAAAAGCAACAUGUUCCCUACAAACAAUCGGUCCAGGUGCAGGUGCCUCGAACCGUCAUCGCAGCCAUUCCCAAGCCAAUGCCCAUCAAGAUACCCGUGGCUAAAACCGUAGCCAUUCCGCAGCUGCAAGAGGUAAAGAUACCGAUCGAGCGGGUUAAGCCAGUUCCCGUGGAGCGUCCCAUUCCGUUUGUGGUGGAGCGAAGAGUGCCCUACCGAGUGGAGAAGCCGGUGGCCACGCCAGUCUACUAUCCGUAUCCGGUCAAAGUGCCCGUGGUGCGGACGGUGGUGCACAAGCAGCGAACCCACUAUGUGGCACCGGGUUGGAGUGCCACCGGCAAUCAUUUGCUUGGCUGA